AACAACCCACAGACGGAAUCCUUUACGUCCCAGUCAGAAAAACGCGCGAACACACAUCGUGUUGUUAAUGUAGAAAAAAUUAAUAAAUAUGGCAUCAACGAGUAAGUCGCAGAACCAGACAAGAAAUUUACCAUGGGUUGAAAAGUACAGACCUCAGACACUGGAUGAUUUGAUCUCUCACCAAGACAUACUGAGCACAAUUCAGAAGUUUAUCAGUGAAGAAAGACUGCCUCAUCUGCUUUUCUACGGCCCUCCGGGAACAGGAAAGACCUCAACUAUACUCGCAUGUGCUAAACAACUUUACAAAGAUAAAGAGUUCAACUCCAUGGUCCUGGAGCUCAAUGCUUCAGAUGACCGUGGUAUAGAUGUGGUAAGGGGGCCGAUCCUAAGCUUUGCCAGCACGCGGACCAUUUUUAAGAAAGGCUUUAAGUUGGUGAUCCUGGAUGAGGCGGAUGCUAUGACCCAGGAUGCACAAAACGCUUUAAGGAGAGUCAUAGAGAAGUUUACAGAAAACACACGUUUCUGUCUCAUCGGUAACUACCUGUCUAAGAUCAUACCUGCGCUGCAGUCUCGCUGUACGCGCUUCCGGUUCGGGCCGCUCUCUCAGAACCAGAUGAUUCCCCGACUGGAGCACGUCAUACAGCAAGAGAGCAUUGACAUCACUCCAGAUGGCAUGAAGGCCAUUGUGACCCUCUCGACAGGAGAUAUGAGACGAUCGUUGAACAUUUUACAGAGUACUCAUAUGGCCUAUGGAAAGGUGACAGAGGAGACUGUGUACACGUGUACUGGACAUCCGCUGAGAUCAGACAUCGCUAACAUACUGGACUGGGCCCUUAAUAAAGACUUUACUACGGCAUAUAAUCAAAUUCUCCACCUCAAAACUCUGAAAGGUCUUGCACUCCAUGACAUUUUAACUGAGGUCCAUCUUCUCAUUCAUCGUGUGGACUUCCCACCCUCCAUUCGUAUGGGCUUGCUUAUAAAACUUGCAGAUAUUGAGUAUCGUCUGGCCUCUGGAACCAAUGAGAAGAUCCAGCUCAGCUCAAUGGUCGCUGCUUUCCAGGCAGUUCGAGACAUAGUAGUCAGCGAUGGAUAGGCCCAUGAUCCACACUUUGAAGGUGUGAAAUGGAUAAAUGAGGACGUGUUGUACUGCUCAGUCACUGUUGACAGCGAUUUUGACAAAAAAAAAAAACAAAUCUGCUCAGAACCCUUUUGCAUGUUCAUUUGUAUGCUUAUCUUAUAAUAAAUAAAAAGAAAAUAAAACAUGUAAAAAAUAAAGUAUUUUAAUAAAUA